GCUUUGCAUUACGAGCACCUUAAAUAUCAGGUUCUGCCCUGCGAUCUUGGAGAGAAACCAAACGCUUCUCUUCUUCCUUCCUUCCUUCCAACCUAAGAGCUCAAAUGGGUGUUCCGGUCUCUUCUUGGCCAUGGCAGAAUCUCGGCUCUUUCAAGUACCUUCUUUAUGGUCCUUUGGUUGCCAAGGUCAUCCAUUCCAGAGCAUGGGAGGGAGGAAGCGCAGAGGGAGUUUGGUGUCUCCAUCUUCUCCUCCUUUUUGCUUUUAGAGGUCUGAUUCAUCAGCUAUGGUGGUCAUUCAGCAGCAUGAUCUUUCUAACCAGGACGAGGAGAAUCGUUCAACAGGGCUAUGACUUCAAGCAGAUAGACAGAGAGUGGGACUGGGACAACUUUUUGAUACCUCAAGCAUUCAUUGGGGCCAUGGCUUUCCACUUGUUUCCUUCUUUGAGAGAACUCCCUUUGUGGGACCUCAAGGGUUUCUUUAUUGCUCUCCUGCUACAUGCUGCGGUGUCAGAGCCUCUCUUUUACUGGUCUCACAGGGCUUUCCACAGUGGACAUCUUUUCAGCAAUUACCACUCUGUCCACCACUCUUCUCCUGUCCCCAGCUCUUUUACUGCUGGGCAUGGGACGCCAUUGGAGCACCUGUUAAUGAGCUUAUUGAUGGGAUUGCCUUUAUUGGGAGCUUGCUUCAUGGGAGCAGGCUCUAUUGGGCUCUUUUAUGUCUACGUUUUGCUCUUUGAUUUCUUGAGAUGCAUGGGUCAUUCUAAUGUGGAGGUCUUCCCAAGUGGCUUCUUUGAAACUGUUCCCUUGUUCAGAUACCUUAUCUAUACACCAACGUACCAUAGCCUUCACCACACUGAAAAGAACUCCAAUUACUGCCUCUUUAUGCCUUUGUUUGAUGCAUUAGGUGGAACAAUCAAUACCAAAUCUUGGUCCUUGCAGAAGGAAAUAAGCUCAGGGAAGAACAUCAAAGUCCCUGAUUUUGUCUUCCUGGCACAUGUGGUCGAUGUCGUGUCUUCCCUACAUUCUCCAUUUGUCUUUCGUUCUUUCAGUUCGAUGCCAUUCAGAGUUUUGCCUUAUAUUCUUGUCUUCUGGCCUGGAGGCUUCCUAUUCAUGUUAGCAAUGUGGGGUUGGUCCAAAACCUUUCUUCACUCAUUCUACAAUCUCCGAGGUCGAUUACACCAGUACUGGGUGGUGCCCAGACAUGGCUUUCAGUAUUUUCUGCCUUUUGCUAAGAAUGGCAUCAAUGAUCAGAUUGAGAAUGCUAUAUUGAGAGCAGAUAAGAUGGGUGUUAAAGUGCUUAGUCUUGCAGCACUUAAUAAGAAUGAAGCACUCAAUGGUGGUGGGACUUUGUUUGUCAGCAAACAUCCCUAUCUAAAUGUAAGGAUUGUCCAUGGCAAUACCCUAACAGCUGCUGUGAUACUUAAUGAGAUCCCUAAGGAUGUGAAAGAGGUCUUCCUAACUGGAGCUACAUCCAAGCUUGGGAGGGCAAUUGCAUUGUACCUUUGUAGGAGGAAAGUGCGGGUCCUGAUGCUGACACUUUCUACUGAGAGAUUCCAAAAGAUACAGAAGGAAGCUCCUGCAGAUUGCCAACAAUACUUGGUCCAAGUCACAAAGUACCAAGCUGCGCAAAAUUGCAAGACAUGGAUUGUUGGGAAAUGGAUUUCUUUUGGCGAGCAACGGUUAGCCCCACGAGGAACUCAUUUCCACCAGUUCGUCGUCCCUCCCAUCAUCGGUUUUCGACGCGAUUGCACCUAUGGGAAACUAGCUGCAAUGAGACUUCCCCUGGAUGUUCAAGGUUUGGGAAUGUGUGAGUACACCCUCGAUCGUGGCGUCGUACAUGCCUGUCAUGCCGGAGGAGUUGUGCAUUGUCUUGAAGGCUGGACACAUCAUGAGGUUGGUGCGAUCGAUGUUGAUCGCAUAGACAUUGUGUGGGCUGCGGCGCUCAAGAAUGGCCUUAGGCCAGCUUGAUAUGAAGAACAUUUAAAAAACAUCACCCCCUCUUUCUCCUCCCUCUACUUCAUUUCCCCCAUAUGUAACGAAAAGAACAACUUUAAUAUGUUACCUCAACAUUGGAUCAUUUAAAUUUACUAAGAAUUACAUUCUCUAGUGUUGCAGCUCCAGGAAAAUAAAGUAAUGUGGAAUGAAAGCUUCUCAGAGUUUUAGAGCUGUUAUUUCUUUUGUAGGUCUCCAGAAUUUCUAAAGAUUAAAUUUGUUGUCUGAAAAGCUGAAGAUUUGUAGAGCAAUGCAUGACAUGUACAAGCUUAAAUAAAAUUAUUGGAGAUUAAAGAUUGAUUGUACAACAAAUAUUAUUUUUCAGAAA